AUGUAUAUUUGCUCUGUCCUGGUGAUUGGCUGGCUGAUCUCCAGAACCGUGUUGGUCGCUGGGUCAGACCUGGACUCCUUCAUCCAGAACCUGACCCAGCGCUCCUCCCCCUGGGUUCGGCCGGUGCAGUCCUGGGACCGGGCCCUGCAGGCGCACACAGACCUGCAGCUGCUCGCCGUGCUGGACGUGAGAUGGAGGGAUGAGUUUCUGUCCUGGGACCCAUCCUCCUACGAUGGGCUGUCCCAUUUCACUCUGCCCGCAUCCCAGGUGUGGACCCCUGACCUCUUUGUCCGUGAAGCGGUGAGUGAGAGCAGGCAGCAGGCAGACCCCUUUGUGUCAGUGAGCUCCUCAGGGUGGGUUAGACGCUCGGAGCUGGUGCAGCUCCGCCUGCACUGCGGCCUGUCCCUGUUCCUCUUCCCCUUCGACAAGCAGACCUGCAACAUCACCCUUGGCUCCUACCUGCACGCAGUACAGGAUGUGCUGUUGGUGGAGGAGACGGCUACAGACUUUGUGCCCAGGACCAAUGGCUUCACACUGCAUGGGGAGUGGAAGCUCCUGUCUGUGCAAUCCCGUGCCUUCACAGAACCACAGGGAGAGCAGCACUUCUCCCGCAUCACCUACCAGGUGGAGCUUGGUCGCUACUCUCUGUACUACGUGGUGAACCUGAUGGUGCCCAGCGCCCUGGUGCUGCUGAUCGACCUGGCGGGCUUCGCCAUCCCCGUGGAGAGCUCAGAGCGGAUCCCCUUCAAGGUCACCCUGCUCUUCGGCUACGUGGUCUUCCUGCUGCUGCUGCCCGACCUGCUGCCCCCUUUCCGGGACUACACACCCGUGAUGGGGCUUUACCUGGUGGUGAGCCUGGUUUUCCUGUGCCUCAGUAUGGCCGAGUCUGUCCUGCUCCUGGCCUUGGGUCAGCCCGACGUCCUGCAGCGCUCCUCUCUGAUCCAGCGCCUGGCUACCCUCCUCUGCCGGGACGUCCCGCAGAGCACUCUGCUGGGCCAGAGGGCCCACAGCAGGAGAGCUAGAAAAGGUCUUCAGCACUCCUACGGGCUGGGCCGGAGGGGGGCGGAGUUGGACGGGCGUUGGAUGGGCGUGGCCACGGGCUGUGGGUGUGGCUGCAUGCUCCAUGCUCUGGCGGACGAGCUGGAGGAGGUGAGCGAGGAGCUGCGGACUCUGACCCAGAGACAAGCACAGCGCAGUGACUCACUCUGCCUGAUGGAGGCGCUGGACCGGCUCUGCUUCCGCAUCUACGCCUUUCUGCUCCUCACCUUUCUGCUCUCAAUCAUCCUGCUGUGGGCCCUGUACAGGUGAUACAUAC